AUGACAAGCCACCUGUUGGCUCUCCUGCUCUCUCUAACUGCUGUUAGCCUGCCCCUGAGAUAUGACUGCACAGGCAUUAUCGGAGGAUGUGUCAUGCAUCCUCAUUCCUGGCCUUAUAUGGCUGCUAUCCAGUCAAAGAAUUUAACUAAUUGUGGAGGAGCUCUUGCGGGAAAGCAAUGGGUUUUGACAGCAGCACAUUGUCAAUUAAACAAUUCAGAAGUUAGAGUUGUUCUUGGAGCUCAUCAAGCAUCCACAGCUGAAAAAGAACAGAAGAUAUUUAAGGUUAUGCACUACUUUCCUUAUCCUCAGUUUGACAGGUCUUCCAAGGAAAAUGAUAUAAUGCUCCUCAAGCUGAAUGGUAUUGCAAAGCUGAACAAAUAUGUGCAACUUUUGCCUCUGCCUGACUCUUGUGAAGGUAUCAAACCUAGCACAACAUGCAAGGUGGCUGGCUGAGGAGUCACAUCUUCAGGAAAGCCAUCAAAAUAUCUUCGGAAAACAACUCUUAAAAUUGUUGGUAGAAAAAGCUGUCAGAGAAAUUACACAAACAUAACCAACAACAUGUUGUGUGCUGCAGGCAAAUAUAAAUUGAAGGGAGAUGCUUGCCAGGGAGAUUCAGGUGGGCCGUUAAUCUGCACUGGUCGUUACAGUGGGAUUGUUUUGUUUGGAAAAGGAUGUGGAAGAAGAGACAUGCCUGGAGUUUAUACAUGACUGACUGAAAAAUAUAUUGACUGGUUCAAACAAAAUAUUUCCCUUCACAGAGAUCCAUGA